GUGUUUGUGCGUGUGCGUGUGUGUGUGUGUGUGUGUGUGUGCGUGCGUGUGUGUGUGUUACCACCACCACCACCGCUACACACACAUACCUUUACUUUACCUGGUUAUUAAUUAAUGUUGGGGCAGUUACUUACGAAGGGAGAGGAUGAGAGGGUAGUGAAGACGCGAGAAGGAAGGAAGGGAGAGAAAGCAGACUAAGAAAUGAAAUGACAGUAACAGGAACAUUCGACUGAGGUGUUACUGUGAAUCUUAAAGAGGGUGCGGAAUUAGUUACAGCGAAAGAGGACGAAGAAAAGAAGAACAAGUGGAUGACAUAACAGAAAGAAAGAAGGAUGUAAGAUUAAACAAAAGAUAAGAGAAGUUAGAAAGAAAGAGAGGGAAGAAAGCAAGGGAGCAAGGCAGUAAAGAUAUAUUAAGGAGUGAGAAAGAUUGAAGAUAAGGCAAGAUAGAAGAUAACCAAGAGAAAGGGGAGUAGAAACAGGAAUAUGAAUAACGAAACAAGGAAAAUAAAGAUGAGAGACAAAACAGAAAACUACGAAAAUGAACAGGAAUGGAAAAUAGAAGAAUAAAAAGCAAAAUGGAUGUGAUAAAGACGUAAGUUGAAUGAAAAAAAGUGCACGUUAGAGGUAAUAAGAGAAAAUAUGGAGAAACUUAAAGGGAAACUGAUUUAAAACCAAAGAAAUGAACAGAUAAUUGAAAAGGAAAUCUGGAGACGUAAAUAAGAAAGAAGGAAGAAAAUUAAUAGACGGAAGAUAAAUUAAAAAAAAAGUGCACGUUAGAGGUAAUAAGAGAAAAUAUAGAGAAAUUUAAAAUGAAACCGAAUUAAAAUCAAAGAAAAGAACAGAUAUAAUCGGAAACGAAAUCUGGAGACAAUGUAGAAGACUCUGAAACCAUAAAUAAACAAACGGAAAAAAAUAGACAUAUGCAGAGGUAUUGAUAGAAAAUAUGGAGAAAUUUAAAAUGAAACCGAAUUAAAACCAAAGAAAAGAACAGAUAUAAUUAAAAACGAAAUCUGGAGACAAUGUAGAAGACUCUGAAAAUACAAAUGAACAGACGGGGAAAAUAAAUAUAUGCAGAGAGGAGGCGAAGUUUUAAAUUAGAAAGGAAAAAUAAAGAAAAGUUAAUGUUGAAAAAGUUUGAAUACAGAGAAUAAAGAAAACGAUAUAUAUAGAAAAAAAUCUCAGUGAAUAAAAACAAGAAAAGUAGAUGUUAAAAAGUUGAAUACAGAGAAAGAAAAAAGAAAAACGAUAUAUAUAGAAAAAAAUCUCAGUGAAUAAAAACAAUAAAGAAACGUUAAUGUUGAAAGUUGAAUAUAGAGAAAGAAAAAAGAAAACGAUAUAGAAAACAAAAUCUCAGUGAAUAAAAACAAGAAUAGUAAAUGUUAAAAGUUGAAUACAGAGAAAGAAAAAAAAACGAUAUAUACAGAAAAAAAUCUCAGUAAAUAAAAACAAUAGAUAAACAAUAAAACAGAAAAAAGAGAAAUAAACAAAGAAAACAUUACCAAAACUAUAAAAAAAAAAAAACAAUGACAGCAAAAAUUAACGUAGUUCACCAAAAAAUCAUCACCACAACCCUUCAACUUCUCUGCCUCAUCACCACCACCACCACCACCACCAUCACCACCACCAACACCACCAACACCACCACUAACACCUGCACCUGUCUCUCCCACCUGGUCUAUGACGUCAUCGUGGCUAAUAACUGGUCACCCGUCACCUUCAUUUUCGACCAGGAUGAAGGUAUCUUCACGAGCAGGUGCGCCAUAGCUAGCGGACUGUACCGUAGACUCUGGUGGUCAAGGCGUACGGUCACCGCUCAUCCGCAGCACAACUUCACUCUCCCCGAUCACACCAAUACGCCGAGAUCUCACGGUUAUGUCCUCGCCUAUACAAACGCCACCAGUGCUUAUUUAGACCAGGCCAGCAGUGCAAGCCUCCUGGACACGACACACUGGUUCCUCCUUCUCCCUUCCUCCGCCACCCCUUCCCUCCUCGCCCACGCCAAGAACCUCGACAUUUUCAUCAACUCUGACUUCCUCUUCGCCACACCUGACACCUGCCCGGAGUCAAUUAAGGUCCAGAGCGCUUACCGAGUGGGGCCGCGGAGUGGGGUGUUGGUUGAGGGGGCAGGGGAGUGGGGGGAAGGGAAGGGAUACCGCCCCCCCACGCCCGCCAACAGGGUGGAGAGACGGAGUGACUUUCAAGGAUACCCGAUGAGGGGCGUGGGCGUGAAGGUGUUUCAGUUCAUGUCGCUGUACCUGGGCGCGGACAACAUCACCGGCUUCGUGGGGGACAUCGUUAGCACGCUCAAGAACGCACAUAAUUUCUCGCUCAGCCACAACGUCCUGGAGGGCUACGCUUAUGGCAAGAUCAAGGAGGGGUCAAAAAGCGAGUGGACAGGCAUGGUGGGUUCCCUGCAGUCCCGGGAGGCUGACCUGACUGUCUCCGAGCUCUCUAUUACGAAGGAGAGGCAGGAAGUGGUCACCUAUACACAGCCUAUUUACAUCAUAAGCCGUAAGCUCUUCGUGGCAACUCAGGAGGAUUUCGCCAAGAAGAUGCUGGCGUACACCACCCCCAUGGACACCGCCCUCUACUGGUGCAUCCUAAUGAACAUGGUGGGGCUGGCGGGGAUCCUCUACUUCAUUGAGCGCCUCCAGCGGGUCUAUGUGCCUAUGGAGGAGAAGCCCGUCAGUAUGAGUGUGGCCUGCUGGUACAUGCUCUCGGCUUUACUGCAGCAGGGCUCCACCACCUGCCCCAUCAGCAUGGCAGCGCGAGGCAUCUACUGGCUAGGCUACAGUGUGUCGCUCAUCGUCUAUACCGCCUAUUCGGCCACUCUGGUCUCGCAUCUGACGGUGGAGCAACCCGCAGCCCUGCCCUUCAACAACCUCCAACAGCUGGCGCGGCAGAGCGGAUGGGACGCCGGGUGCAAUAAUAAUGAUCUGUUUCAAGUGACAGCCACGCAAACUUGUGUGGACUCCCAGACUCAGGAGUGCCGAGUGCUGCGACAGGUGUGGCAGGAAGUGGUCAUGAGGUCUGAGGACAACCUGGUGGACUCCUACAGUGAGGGACUCGAGAAGGUCCUCAGUGGCAAGUAUGUGUUCAUCGGCGUGGACAUCAACACCCACAACUACAUUCGCUCCAUGCCCUCGGUGGACGCCUGCCGCAUCAAGGAGCUCCCGGGGCGCUACAUCACAGGCGGCAUCGCUAUCGGCCUGCAGAAGCACUCCCCCUUCAGGACAGUGUUUGACCAUAGCCUACAGAAGAUGCGUGAGUCGGGCCUGAUGGACAAGCUACGCAGGAAGUGGAUGUCGGCGGGUGACAGGGCAUGUGGAAGGAAGAAUACAGUCACGGCGAGUCUCUCCGAUGUGGCGGUAAUCUUCAUCCUCCUCAUGGGCGGUGCGGGCUUCAGCUGUCUCCUACUGGGUCUGGAACAUGCCGUAAAGUAUGUUUCCCUGAGGUGGCUGGCCAAACCGCACACACAUCACUGGCAAGAGGAGUCAAGAGGAGUUUUUUAACCAAGAGGAGGACUGAGGUGCAUGCAUGGAGAAGAAAGAGGAAAGAGAAGGAUCAUGAAUGGAGGUAGAGAAGCAGAAGGUGAUGAUAAAGAGGAAUUAUAAAGAGGAAGAUUCAUGAGAGAAAGGAUAAAAAAUGCAAAAAAAAAAAAAAAAUAAUGAUAAUAUGAGAAAUAAAGAGCAUAUAAGAGGCAAAGAGGAGAACUGAGGAGAAUAAAAGAGGAAGAGCAUAUAUGUGAGAGAAGAAAAGCUAGAUUCAAGAGGAUGCUAAGAGGACCAGGAGGAAGCAUAGAUAUAAAACAAUACCACCAUAAGUUAGAUUUAAGAGGAUACUAAGAAGACCAAGAGUUAGAAUAGAGAAAAAACUCACCCAAAGGAAACAAGAGGAUCUAAGAGGAAGGUGUUUCAAGAGGGAGAGGAAUCACACCUUUUUAACACCUGUAGUCAAUGUAAUCUAAACCUAAUUACUACAUUCACUAUUAGCUUAACCCGGUACCAGCGACGGGCCAAAUUUGUGGCUUUACCGUGUAGCAGCGACGGGCCAAAUUUGUCUUUACCGUGUAGCAGCGACACGCCAAAUUUGUGGUAUUACCGUGUAGCAGCGACAGGCGAAAUUUGAGGCUUUACCAUGUAGCAGCGACAGGCCAAAUUUGUGGCAUUACCGUGUACCAGAUGGGCCAAAUCUGUGGCUUUACUGUGCACCAGAGACGGGCCAAUUUUUUGCCAUGAUACAAACCCCCCAAAAUUGAUGAUGCCUAAACUGAUCACAGAUGCAUUGAUAUAUAUUAUGAAAUGGUUUGAGUGAGUGAUGAUUUUUUCUCAUUUUUCUCACUAGAGGGACCAUCAAGAAACAUGAUCCCCGCAGCUACCGGGUUAACCAAGACCAUCUGUGUACCUUAAUAACUUAUACGUGUACAUGCUCACAAA